CGCAGGAGAAAGAAGCUGCUCUCAGGGAGGCUGAACGUGAGUUUUAACUGCGGGCUGCGGUUGGAUUUAGUGGUUGGUUACGGAAACAAUCUAACCCGGGAGCUCUUCAGGUCUUCGGGAGCUGGCGCAUGUGAAUCCAGAGGGAUCGGUGAUGUCACAUCAGUGAUGGAUCCCAUGGCGGUAAGCACGUCCGCGACGGCUCAGGAUGAGUUUGAUCGGAAUGCGCCACGAAUUUGCGGAGUGUGUGGCGACAAAGCCACCGGAUUCCACUUCAACGCCAUGACCUGUGAGGGUUGCAAGGGGUUCUUCAGGCGCAGUAUGAAGCGUAAGGCGAGCUUUACCUGCCCGUUCAAUGGGACCUGCACCAUCACCAAAGACAACCGGCGUCACUGUCAGGCAUGUCGUCUGAAGCGCUGCGUGGACAUCGGCAUGAUGAAAGAAUGUGAGUGA